GACACCUUGUUAUUAUUUACCGUAGCGAUAGACGGCAGGUAAUCAAUGAAACGAAUCGCUCAGUGAUUAGCCAAGAAGAACAACAUUAGACCCAGGGGAAAUUUAAAGGGUAGCCCUUGUACACGCUAACGGGAGGUGAGGCAGUGAGAUCAGUCAUCAGGGAGAGGGCAGGUGCGCGGCAGGAUCCGGAAUCUGCAAUUCAGGGAUAAUAAGAACAAGGAUUUAUUGAAGAUUUAGUGAAACUAUAUUAAACAGAAGAUGGGCUGUAAACAGGGGAAACAAGUUCAAGUACAGCCCGUGGGAGCUGCCGAAGUAAGACACGACAAUAUCAACAUCAGGAAAACUAAAAGUGACGUUUCAGAAUACGAUAUUGACGAAAACACAGGCUUAAAAGUAUCGAAAAAUAAAAAUAAAAACAAAAGGACAAAAUCUUCAAAAAGUACGAGGAGUAAAGAUUCUUUAGGCUCGUGUCUCAGUUUAGAUGAACGGAGUUCCAUACCAGAUUCGGAGAGGGGCAAUUCUGCCUCGUCCAAAAACAGUGCUGAUUCUGGUUUCGGAGCUGAAUACCGCCAUGUUAUCACCGAGGAGUCCGACACGAAUAGGGUUAGGGAGGUAGAAAGCAACUUCGUCCCCAAUGAGGCACUGGAUCUCGGUAUCACGGGCGUGGCCUGCCCAACCCGCCUCAGCGCCAAGGAUAAGGACCGCAUGGAGGAGUCUAUGGUGCUACAGUCUCUACGGGAGGAAGGAUUAAUCGCCCGUCCCCAUGCCAAAUCAUCCGGGGGUACGAGCUUCGAAAUCGUGGCGGCAGAAGAUUCGCUCCUGGGAGAAGGAUUCGGGAUGCCACGCCCACCACCCCGUCUAGCCAAACUGGAAAGGAGGCGAAAGAAGAAGAAACAGUUAACAGCAGAAGAAAUUAGGGAAAAGUUGGAAAAAGCUGAAAGAAGGAAAAAGCGUAAAGAACAAGAGCGUUUGGAGAAGAUUCAGAAGCUGGAAAAGAGCAAAGACAGUGUGAAUCACGCUCUCGAGAAGUUCAUGGUCAGUCAAGAAAAGAAAGACAAGGAGGUGCAUGAAAAAAUAGACAAUGUUGCUGAUAAACGCGAGAGGAGGCUGCAAGAGAUCAAAGAAAAAAUGGCCAAGCGCGAAGCACACGCCGAGAUGGUGAGGAAACGUAAGGAACAGGCAGUGCUACAGGGCAAUACAAACCCCAUGACUAGUGAGUACCCAGAGGACGAACAAGCUCAAUGACCGCCACACAUCUAGUCAAACUCGACUGACAAGGGAAAACACCUCGGUGACAAACGUUACUGUAACUCGGAACGUAUUUCCUUAUAAGGAAAAUAAAUUGGUCAGACUCCAGUGGCUAGUUUAAUGGUAGCUACAUUUCUGUUCCUAGUCAGCUGCCUCAUUACUGUGUUGUUUUCACCUGUCAGCUACAUAUAGUAUUGCUGUAUCCAGGGAAAUAUUUCCUGAUAAGGAAGAAACUUAGGGAUAAGUCACUUGCUUACUUCCGGUUCCGAUAGAGUCGGCAUCAAAAGACAGUUGGAGAAAAGCGACUGUUUACAAAGGAAUGUUUCUGGUGUGUAAAAGUGCUCAAUAUGCUGUCAGAAACCACUUCGUCACAACGCUUUCAGCGAACACAGAGUCAACAACAAGAGGGAAGCCUGCUCUGUCGUGUUUCUACAAGUGCUUUCGGUAUAAGAUGUAGUGAUGCUGAUUAUGAUCGACAGUUUUGUCGAAGAUGACUUUUCUGUAAACAACCACCCCUGACAACGCAACUGGUCGUUGUUAUGUUCUAGUGGCAGAUUUAGAAGGAAUUUCCUGGCCAAAUAGUUCUUUGUGGUUUUUGAUGUAAAUGAUAUUUUUCGAAUUUACCGUAUCUCUCCAUUCAAGAGUUGUUGCCCCUUCAUUUUGAAAAUUCUGAAUUCGUCACUUUAUUUCGUCAAAAUUUAGUCAAAUUAUUUCCAUUUCAACUUCGAUAACUUUUGAAACACACUGAAAUGUAUCAAAUUCGCGUCUCCUUGCAAAACAAGUUGACUGUUUUUGUGUGCGUAUAAAUGGUUAUAUGGUAGAUAAAAUUGGUAUACACAUAUCAUUUUCUGAUUCACAGUCGCCUGUGGGGCAAACAGUUUUUCUGUGGACCAUGUCGUUCAAAGAAGCAUUUAUUUUUGUGAUGUGUAUAAACUAUACCGAGGUCUACCUCACACGGGCGCAUGGAACACAAUUAUAGAGUGAUGUCUGUUUUCUAGGCAUUUUUCGCUGAUUACUUGUGAUAAUUGUUAAUGUUUCAAGAGUUUAUUUUGUUGUUUAUAUUGAGUGGAACAGUUUAAAACCACUUUGCCGAUUAUUUCAAUUCGGCUUAUUAUCCACCUAUCGGAAACCGUCGGCACUUUCCGUAAACUCGUUUGCGGAAAUUGCCGACCGUUCCCGAUUGAAUAUAUACAGGAUAUAACGCUAUAUAUAAUCAAAUCCACACGUGUAUACUAAUGAUUAUUUAUUUUAGAAUUUAAUUGAAGUAAUUUUGUCUCUUCAAAGCAUAAUAUCUUAAUUAAUUUUACUUCCAGGAUGAGUUAAUAGGUCUAUUACGUUUUGAAGGAUAUAAUCAUCAUUUUUUACAAAUGUAAUCUUUAUUAAUCUUUCAAGUCGAUCCUUACUACUACAGCAUAUUUCUUCGUUAAUUAAUUUUUGUGUUUAUGACUUGAUGGUAGAUCAAUUCGGCUUUUCUUUUCGUUUUAAAAUGUUUCAUAUCUUACCUUACUGAUCUUAUUGAUGAUUGAUUUUGAAUUCUAAUUAAUGUCUGAAACGAAGCACCUGUGAACACGGUAUCACUGGAAUGUUACCAGUCAAGCUGAAUUACGAACACUAAUUAAUGAUAUCGAUGUCUAUCCUCUGUCAGACCAAAGUGGUUCAACGCAUGGCAGGGACAGAUUUCUUUUUAAAUUAUUGUUUUAUAAUACCUAAUAUUGUACUGAAAGCAAAUUCUAUCGGAUGCAUUUUUAAUUUUUAAUAUUAAAACAAAAGUUCCACCUCGUACACAACCUAUCAAUUAUACUUUGUCUGUGGUACAGCAUUUUUAUAUCAAUUAAAACGAAUAGGCGUGCUAGUUAUUGAUUUUAGUAGAUAGAAACAAUAUUUCAUGGAAAAAAAUAAACAAGGGAAGAAACUGUCUCUUCUAAGAGCCGAACUCCUUUGGCCAGACUUGUAUAUCGUGUAUUGUUAAAUUUUUACGGACUAUUUAUUUUUUGAUGGUGAGCCUCUGUGUCGAUUGUUUAAUUGUAUUAUUUAUUCGUUACUCCACACAGAAUACAGUGGUAUAUAGGUGUAUUGUAUAUACAGGUUUAUUGUAUAUAUAGGCCAGAAUGCCAGUUUCAUCGGUUAUUAAACGUGUUACGACUGGAAAAUAUACUACCAAACAGAAAACAGAUAGCUAACGCUUUCCCAUGCGACUGGAGUCUACUCCUACAUUCUUGUAGUUUUUAUAUUAUACAUUGAAAAAUGGGAGAUAUAUGCUAUAUUUUUGAUUGGAAAAACUGAAUAAAUAUGAAAAAUGAAA